GUCAUUAUGAAGCGCCCUAAACGUAUUAGCAUUAUUUUUUAAUAUACCUCAGCCUGCGUCCCGCAAUGGAAGUAAACAGGGACGAAGCAGAACGUUGCAUUGAUAUUGCAACUGCUGCAUUAACUAACAAUCAAGCAGACAAGGCUGUCAGAUUUCUAGAAAAGGCACAGAAACUUUUUCCGACGGAAAAGGCGAGAGCACUGCUGGACUUGAUUGCAAAGAAUGGAUUUAACCCUGGAAAUGGCAACCAGUCAGGAGGAACCAGUGAUGACACAGGUCCACGCCAGCGAAGGCCUGGCGAGGAGGACCAAGGAGAGAGAGCUUCUGAGACAGCCAAACCAUUCACCUCAGAUCAGCUGGAUGCUGUUAAGAAAAUAAAACAGUGUAAGGACUUCUAUGAGAUUCUUGGAGUGAAAAAAGAUGCAUCUGAAGAGGAUCUUAAAAAGUCAUACAGAAAACUAGCGUUAAAAUUCCAUCCCGACAAAAACCAUGCGCCGGGUGCGACUGAAGCAUUUAAAGCCAUUGGAAAUGCUUACGCCUGUCUAAGUAAUGCGGACAAAAGGAGACAGUAUGACCAGUGUGGGGAGGAGAGGAGACAUCCGUCACGACAGGCGCAAACCAACGCCGAAUUCCAGGCCGAUAUUUCACCAGAGGACCUCUUCAACAUGUUCUUCGGGGGUGGUUUCCCAGCAAGCAAUGUCCAUGUGUACCGAAAUGGUCGUUAUCAGAGGCCAGCUGGGCAACAGGGACAACAAAGAGAGGGAGGCUUUGCGCUCUUCGUUCAACUGUUGCCUAUUGUCAUCCUGGUGAUAGUGUCAGCACUCAGUCAGAUGAUGGUCUCUACUGCCCCCUACAGCCUCAGCUUCAGGCUGUCGGUUGGUCACACCAACAAGCGCUACACUGAAUCCCUGAGGGUGCCGUACUAUGUGGGCGAUAGCUUCGCCCGGGAGUACAAAGGCCUGAAUCUGAAGUCUGUGGAGAGGAGUGUGGAGGACGAUUACAUUUCCAACCUCCGAAACAACUGUUGGAAGGAGAAACAACAGAAGGAAGGCCUGCUGUAUCGAGCUCGGUAUUUUGGGGACAAUGACUUGUACCAAAGGGCGCAGAAGAUGGGAACGCCUAGCUGCUCCAGGUUAUCUGACAUCUCUGUUUCGUUGGGUGGUUAAAUAAAGAAGAAGGUGCUGAUUGAUUGCUACAUUCAUAGGUAACGGUCAGACUCAGCAAAAACAAUUUUAUCGGCUGUAAAUAUAUACGCUUCUCAACAUUCAGGACUGCAACUGAGCUCCACUGCACAACAGACCCAGGUGUACUCGAUCUCCUCCUGGAGUUUGAGACAUCAUUAGGCCUAAGGAGAGUUGGAGGGGAAUUGCCUAAAAUCUUUGCUGUUGAUGCGGAAUAGUGAAUCCCUUUGUCGGGGAUUGUGCAUCACGAGGUGACUGCGCUCUGUUGCGAGACGACUGUUUAGAAAUGCACUGUCAGGAAAACCGUGAUUUUAAAGGUAAAUUCAGCAAUAUGACGGAGCCAACAGGCGAUUUACACAAGAGCUGCGGAGAUUGACGCGGGGCGCUAGACCUGUUCGCUGUUUUGGCCCCAUUGCCACGCUGCUGUGACAAUGUGAAACCUGUGCACAUGAGCAGCUGUUCUCUGUGCGUCUGUGUGAGAGGUAAGGCCUUGCGUCUCGCUCACCGCAGCGUGUGAAGACGUCAUUACGCUGAGUCAACCUUUAACCACAGUCGCAUUCCAAAUGGCACCCCAUUUCCUGGUCCACUACUUUAACCACGGCCCGUGGGGCUCUGGUCUGGAGUAGUGCACCAUGUAGAAAAUAGGGUGUGAUUUGGAAUGCACUUCAGAUGCUGUAAGGCCGUAUUUUAAAUCAGGAAAUACUUGAGAAUAAGUGAGUGAUGUGUAGUCCUAAUAUAGAUGUUCUUGUUUAGCAGUUGAUACUACUGAGAUAAUUCACAUAUUUCAACAUGGUAAAAACGUUGAUAUUGAAGACCUUGUGAAGCUGAUGGCAGUUGGUUUCUUGAUAUUACUUUUUUUUUUUUUUUUACUAUGCAGGGAUUGUUAUUUAUUCUCCUAUAAGAGUCAGUAAUGUAUACAUAGACCCCUAUCAAGGCUUGUACUGAGCAGUUAUGAUUUUGAAGCCAGAUGUAUUUAAAAUGAGUGAACCGGUGACUAAAAAAGUAGUAAUUUAUUUAUUGUUGAAAUUCUAUAAUAUAAAAUGUUUUUUUUCCAUUAGAACACAGUGGCUAUCUAAUGAAGUAGAUCUUACUCACAAUUUCACAAUGUCCAUAUUAUGUUUUUACUCAAACAGGAAAAUAAACAUAUUGCGUUGCCCCA